ACCUCAACUCAAAAAUGCAUUUGCAAACCCAACCACCCAAAGGAAACCACUUUAAGUGUAAAUACCAUAGACUGUAUAUAUAUAAGGUAAAUACACACACACAAAUACAGAAUCAUAAGCCUGAAAAUGAUAAAAGCUGUCAAUUUACCAAAACACAGCAAUUUAAGAUAGCAUGUAAGCAUUUUUUUUUGAGGAAUUACCCUUGAUAUCUACAGUCUAUGGGUGAACACAUAUUUCUGUGCGUUACUGUGUUACAACUCAGAAUCAGAAUAACUUUAUUCGUCCCACAAAGGGGACAUUUACAUUUGUUACAGCAGAAAAGAGCCAAAGACAGCUUAAUGAUAUAGCUUAACUAACACAUUGUGAGUUUGCAAAAUGUAAAGUUUCUAGAGGAAUUACCUGGAAGUUGAACUAUGAUGUAAUCCCAAAAAUAUAUGACUUGUAUACAAUACAUCAGUUUGCAAAUGUGGUAUAUUUCCUCAAUAAAGCUGCACACUAAGCUUUAGGUUGAACUUAAAUAAAUGAUUCAUCUUUGAGGGCAUUUCACAACAAGUCCACACACAGACUGGGGAGUGUUUUUCCACAUUCACAGCUGAUAUGUUGGUAAUUAGUCAUAAAGUUGGUUGAAGACAAUACACACAGCCAGAAGGCACUACGUACGUAAUUAUAAGGUUGCAUCAGGUCCUCAGGAGUGUGUAGCCGCGAGCCAAUAACAAUAACCUAUUUUGAGCGGACUAUUUGAACGAGCCAAAAUGAAGCUCGCUGAUUGGUUAAGGGAAACAUCAGUCGGAGUAGGAUCGUAUCAUGGAAUAGGUUUUUUUUUCAAUUCCAGUGACAGUCAUUGAUGAAUAUAAGUUCAUUAUGGAUCUGAAGUAAAAUUUUCAUGACAAUAGUGUUAGAUUUUAAGGAAAACGAUACCAAAAACAUUCGCUGUGUAUUAAAAUGUUUUCUAGUAAAACCAAAAGUGGGUGAAGUCUAUUCUUAAACCCAGGCGUUUGAUUGGUUGCUUGUCCUGUGACGUCAGUAAGUGGGCGUGAGCGAUAUUAACAUCAACAAAAGACAGAAGAGAAAGGAGAAAGAAGCGACAAGACGAGAACGACUAACGUUAUACGUUACAGCAGAAGAAAACAAAUAUGUGGAUUUGAGCUGCCAUAACAGAAACUAAGAAAUCACUUCCUGCAGUGCCAGCCAAGAAAUGGAUGCCUUCAAGCUGUUGAAGGAGCUGAGGGUGAACUAUGAGCAGGAGGCUCAUUAUCUCCCCAAAGAGACGGGGCUGAGGCUCAUUGAAUCCACUACAGAGGAUGACAGUCGGAUUUCAGCCAAGUGCAGAGAUGCCAAAGUGGAGGAUCUGUGGAGUCUGACCAGCUUCUUCGGAUACAGCACCCAGACGUUCGUCCUGGCUGUUAACUUGUUGGACAGAUUCCUGGCCAUGAUCAGGAUCCAGCCAAAGCACCUCUCCUGCGUGAGCGUCAGCUGCCUCCACAUGGCGGCCAAAGUGACGGAGGAGGAGUGCAACCUCGCCCCCCCGGUGGAGCUCAUCCGCAUCGGACAGUGCCGCUUCACCGCCUCCGACCUCUGCCGAAUGGAGAAGAUCGUCGCAGAGAAACUCAACUUCAAGUCCAAAGCCGUCACUGCCUUAACCUUCCUGGACCUGUACCACCAGAUCGCACUUUUAGACUGCACAGACAGAAAGGAGAUCCUCAGCCUGGAGAAACUGGAAGCUCAACUCAAAGCCUGUCUGUGCCGGAUCUCCUUCUCUAAAGCAAAGCCGUCCGUCCUAGCCUUGUCUCUCCUGAGGCAGGAGAUCCACGCCGUUCAGUCGGAGGACAUGCUGGAAAUAGCCCGUCACAUCCAGAGACACCUCAAGAUUACUGACGUGGAGCUGCGGCUGUGGAGUGAGCGGGUGGCUCGCUGUCUGUCGGACUACUCCUCGCCUGAAUGCAGCAAACCCAAUCACAGGAAGCUGCAGUGGAUCGUGUCGCGGCGGACCGCUCAGAACCUGCACAGCUACCGCACCGUGCCCGAGCUGCCCACCAUCCCAGAGCACUGCUGGGACGAGAGCGAGAGGUGAGCGCCCCAAACGCACCUGAGCAGAAACCGACACUUUGAGAGUCUCAAACACACCUGAGCAAGAUACUGUCAGAGCCCAACACACACCUUAUAGAGAAACUAACACUGACAGAGUCUCAAACACACCUGAGCAAGACACUGUCAGAGCCCAACACACACCUAACAGAGAAACUGUCACUGUCAGAGCCUCAAACACACCUGAGUAAGACACUGUCAGAGCCCAACACACACCUAAGUAGAAACUGUCAUUGUCAGAGCCCAACACACACCUUACAGAGAAACAGUCAUUAUCAGAGCCUCAAACACCUGAGCAGAAACUGUCACUGUCCGAGCCUCAAACACACCUGAGCGAGCUAUUUAAAGAGCAUUAAACACACCUGAGCUGUCAGAGCCUCAAACGCAUCCGAACAAGAUACUUUUAAAGCCUCAGACACUCCUGAGCGAGACACUUUAAGAGUCUGAAAUACCCCAGAGCCCAGAACUCCCCUUACAGAGAAACUGACACGUAUGGCGCAUUUCCACUGCAGCACGUAGCACGGUUGAAGCGUGCCGUGCCAAACCCGGUCC